AUGUAAAUUAUUGGCACUUUUAUCAUAGAAAUGAUAAUGGGAUCUACGUUAAAUUGGACAAUUCUCAAAACCUAUGCUCUUAAUGAAUUAGGUGAGAAUAAAGAGGAAACCCACUUAUAAAAAGUAGAAUCCUUCCUCUUAAUAGUUGAAUUGAAUUUAGGGAUGCUUGCAAGAUUGUACUUGAAUAAAUAUUUUAAUCGGAAGGUGAAGAUGGUUGUACUCCUCUUAUAAAUAGUGAUCUAUUCUUUUAGUUUGUUUCUUUUUGGAUUCAUAAAAGACAUUCCUCUAAUUUUGAAUAUCUUACCAAAUAUCUAUGUUUUUUUGUUAGGAUUGGUAUUGUUGGAUCCUAUGGAUUCAAUGUUGAAUGAAAAUCCACUUAAUUUCGGUAUGGUAGAUAAAUGCAUCUGUUAGUUUUUGGGAGGGAUUUCAUUCGGGUGGUUGAUAUUUGGAUUGGUGCUUCAAUUGUUAAUAAACCCAAAGAUUGGAGAUCUAUCAGAUUCUGAGGAUAUACAUUACAAAAGAGGUUGCUUGAUUUACGCAAUGUUGAUUUUCAUUUUAGGAGGAGUGGGAACAUAUUUGUGGUUUCCAAGAUACUCAACUGUUGAGGAGGAAUUCGAUUCAAAGGAAAAUUUGAGAGGAGCCAUGAAUUCAAGGAAUGUGAUCCACAACACUUUUUUAGUAUAAGAGAAGAGAAUGUACAAGGAUGAACAUUUUUAUAUGAUAAUGUACCAAUUUAUAAUGUUAUUCACUCCAGCUAUAGGGAGUCUUAAUUACAUCAAUUAUUAAGGUGAGUAUAUUUUCAUUACUUAUUGCGUGAUGGGCGUAGCCACAACAAUAGGAGCCUUUUUGCCUACUUUAAUAAGCCAACCAUACAAAAUAAACAUAAUAGUUUCUUUAUGUUAGAUAGGUAUGAUGAUAGCGUUGAAUCUUUUGGGAGUUGUGUAUGGGCAUCUGAUAUUGAAAUUACUUUGUUUAUCAUUGUAAUUCAUAUUGUUUGGCUUCAUUUUGAGUUUCAAUGUGAUCAUCUUAUAGACAACAUAUGAUAAUGUGGUUGAUAACAUUCCAAUUGCAUUUAUAGCAUUGACUUUGGCUGUCUUGUCUCAAUAUGCAGUGUUCGUAUUUUUGGGAAAUAAGAAGUUAAUCUAAUCGAUAGAAUUCUCAUUGAUCUUGUUGUCCUUCUUGACAAACAUUUUAAACAAUUAUAAAUAAUGA